AUGUCUGGCCAUGUGGCAUUGUGCUUGCUAUCAAGCUUCAUUCACCAAGUGUUUGCCACUGAUCCUGCUAAUAGCAGGGUACUGAAUACCAUGACCUUCCCUGCUUCUGUCUUCAGGAAGUUCUGCACAUUUUUGUCAGAUUUGCCAUGGAACCAGGCUGGUGUGUUUGAACUGGUCAUCUUCUUCUGUGCUGGGGCUAGAGUAGGGAUGGUGGGUACAGAUGGAGCUUUGAUCAGUGUUUAUGGACAAGGCUGGAUGAGUCUCAUCUGGAAUGGUCUCUCUGUCCUGACUAAGCUGCUCAAACCCUCACAAACAUCUGCCUCUGCAACCCCCUGCACUAGGGGUGCCCCACCCCACUAA